AUGCUUCUCAAGCACUCAGCGUUAGCUCUUCUCACUUCCGCCCUUGCUUUGGCAGCACCGCACGCAAAGCGGAAGGUCGCCUUCAACUGGGGCUCUGACAAGAUUCGCGGCGUUAACAUUGGUGGAUGGCUAGUGCUCGAACCGUGGAUAACUCCCUCCCUGUUCCAACCGCGAGCCGUCUCCGACGGCGAGAUCAUCGACGAGUACACCCUCGGCGAAAAGCUCGGCCCCGAAGCCGCCCUCGAGGUCCUGCGACCCCACUGGGAUAGCUGGGCAACAUGGCACGACUUCAAGAAGAUCGCCGACGCCGGCUUCAACAUGGUCCGGAUACCCAUCGGCUACUGGGCAUACGAGACCUUCGGUUCUCCAUACGUCCAGGGCGCCGCGCCCUACAUGGACGCCGCGAUCGACUGGGCGCGCAGCCUGGGACUGAUGGUCAUGAUCGACCUGCACGGCGCGCCCGGCAGCCAGAACGGCUAUGACAACUCGGGCCAGCGGCUCGCGAACCCGGGAUGGCAGCAGGGAGACACGGUGGCGCAGACGCUGGAAGUGAUUCAGAAGAUCGCGGACAAGUAUGCCCAGCCGUGGUAUCAGGACGUGGUGAUGGGUAUCCAGCUGCUCAACGAGCCCAAUGCGUGGAGGCUGAACGCGAGCGCUAUUCGCGACUUUAACCGGGAGGGGUUCAAUAAUGUGAGGAAGGUCAGCGACACGACUGUUAUCUUCCACGACGCCUUUUUGCCGCCGAAUACGUACAACGGGUUCCUCACGCCUAACAACGACAAUGCGCAUAACGUUGCGAUCGAUCACCACGAGUACCAGGUCUUCAGUCUUGAGCAGAUUGCGUGGGAGCCGUGGCAGCACCGCCAACACGUCUGCAACAACAUCUACAGCUACUGGGGCGCAGACAAGUGGACUUUUGUCGGCGAGUGGACGGCCGCGAUGACGGACUGUGCCGGAUGGCUGAACGGCCACGGCAUCGGCGCCCGCUACGACGGCACCUACCCGGGCAGCACAUACAUCGGCUCCUGCGCCACCAUCAACGACAUCAGCACCUGGACGCAGGAGUUCAAGGACGACACGCGCGGCUAUAUCGAGGCGCAGCUGGAUGCGUUCUCGAUCGUCACACAGGGCUACGUCUUCUGGAACUUUAAGACCGAGAGAAGCCCGGAGUGGGACUUGUUCAAGUUGUUGGAUGCGGGUAUUUUCCCCCAGCCGCUUAGCGAUAGGAAGUUUGCGCCGGUGUGUAGUAAUUUUUGA